CUAGCCAGUAUUUCAUCAUAUUUAUAUUAGCCAGUCGUAUUCACCUGCAAUAAUGAAUUUUAAAUGUGUAGUGUCGUUUUGCGUUUGUUUUAUAUUAACUAAUGUAUUCAGCCAGGCAGACAAAAAUUUCUUCCGCGAAGAUUAUAAAUAUAUCGAAGACAGGCGCAGCUUUUAUAAAAUUCACACUAUGGCUAGAACUUGGGAAGAAGCGAAGAAGAGAUGUAAACUAGAAGGGGCCACUUUGUUCUACCCUGAAGACCAGUACGAGGUUGAAUCAAUUACUGCUUACUGGAAUAUAACUCAUGGAUUCAAUACUAUAUACAUUGGCGUUUCGGAUUUAGUGGCCAACGAAGUCUAUAGAACUGUAGAUGGAGUUUCUAUAAAUGAUGUUUACAAUAACUGGGCUCAAGGAGAGCCUAACAACAGCGAUGGUAACGAACACUGCCUGACCAUGGCUCUCAAUGGUACACUCAACGACGAUAGAUGUGACAAAACAUAUAACUUCAUAUGCAAAAAAACUCUAGCCUCUGUUAAAUGGAACGAACUUUGUAAUAUUCCGGACAGAGAAUACCGAUAUAGUGAAGAGACAUCCCGCUGUUACAAGCUUCACCAGACUCCCGCAACUUGGAGCGAAGCGGCGCUAGUGUGCGACAUCGAAGAAUCUUACCUGGCCGUAAUAAGUAGCGAAGUGGAAGCACAAUAUUUGGCAGAGUUAACCAGUGACGCGUUCAGUAUUAAUGAUAUUACACCGAUUCCGUGUAAUUUUAUCGCUUUAGGAAUUAGCAUUAAGGACAAAACUGGCUGGAAAACGAUAUUAGGUGAAUUGAUACAAUACAGCGGAUACAACCAAUGGGCUGAAGUAUCUGAUAAUGUGAACGAGGAUAUGGCGUGCGGUGGUAUGCACUACAACGGCACACUCACUAGCAUCGACUGUGAUGCCAAAUGUUAUUUCAUAUGUGAACACGAAAACAAAUUGCUUGGUUACUUGGACGAUCGGUUUAGCGGUUAGAUUUUAGCAAGGUACGAGAACAACCGAGCAACCGAGAAUCUCUGGGAGCGCUUUAACCGACUUCUCUGUUACAUAAAUUUCUUAUGUAUGCAAAGAAAUCAGUUACAUGCUUGUCCGCAAUUUCGCGACGAUAUUUAUAUUUCUGGUCUGAAUAUGCAUGUUUUUGUACAUUCACGGUUAUGUUGAUAUC